CGCAGUUCUCGUCGAGCGGUCGUGUCGUCUGAACGUCUCCAGUUGUGGCUUUUCUUUUCCAUCGGGUCAGACACACCAAGCUAGUGCCAAGUCCUACCGAACUGAGCGAAUCGAGUCCAAUAAUGCGCACUCAAGUGCUAAGUUUUUGUUUAGCAAUUUUGCUAAUUGUUUGUCUGUUGUAAACGACGAAAAAGACGUAUGUAAUUAGAUGCGGCUGCCAAGUGCCGCGGAUCAGAGAUGGGUAGCCGGCCGCAGAGGAUACGCCGGAUUGGUGAUAGUCUGCAGAUGCUAACCCGGGAAGCCAGAAGCGAAGUGGUACGCUACGAACAUAUAGUAAUAUGUCUCAUGGUCAUGAUAGCAGUAUUCUCCAUACUAUGGAACAUAACGCUGAUCAUGAUAUCGGGUGAUCUGUACGAGGGAAUAGUCAGUGCCAAACUUAUCUUCCGGGAGCGCAGCGUUGAUAAAAUGGAUGAGUCCAGCAAGGAGAUCCUUCAUCGGGAUUUCAUCAAAGCCACCCAGUAUGCCUAUGGAAGGCAGUACUCCGUGCAGGAUGUCACACCUGAAUCGCUGAAGAGCGAGAGCCAAAUCUUUAAGUUACCGCAUAUCUACGAAUCUAUCGAGAAUCGACCGAAAUUGGAGCGUCUCAUUGCUGAAAAUAAAGUGGAGGUUAUUUCUACCACGACGACUCCUCCACCGAAGAUCACUUUCAAUGCUGAGGCGGAUCGCCACUUUUUGAGCACAAUGUCCAUCGAUGUUAUGGCCACUGUCUGGGAAAGAGGACCAGGAGCUCAGUUUGUCUACGUAUUUCCCCUCAUAUCAGAGAUCGUGGCCAUUAUCUGGACAGCCAUGUGUUUGAUUUACCAGACAGGCAGCAAAAAGAGCUCAGUUUUGCCGAAGCCGUGGCGCAUUGUGGUGCCCUCCAUCGUUAUCUUCUCGGUGAUGAGUUUGUGCAGUGUAAUCUACACAAUCCUGACCAAUGGCCACCUUAAGCACCUCUGUGGCCAACUGAGGGAGAAUCUCACAGAUCCCACUGCCAUCACCUGCGGCGAUGCCAUCGCCCUGUUGCGUCCCAUCAUUCACGACCACAACGUAUCCCAUGAUACUUAUCUGGAGCUCUUCCGCUUCAGCUACUUGAUCGGAAUGGUACUGUGGAUAGUGGCUCUGCUGGUCAUGGUGCUGCGUUAUGUAUUCGCCGUGGACUUCCAGCUGGUGGACAUUGAUGAUAUGUUCGAUAGCGGACGAAAUGGCUCUGCACAAGUUCAGAUUCAACCGGUAUACACUGAGGUAGUGCAGCAGAGCAGUCCACAGCACCAGACGCAGAUGCGUCCGAGAUCGGAAGAUGACUAUCAGAGUGCCAGGUCGCACUUGAGCGAUCUUGCAGUUCCACUUCUGGAGGUGCAAAGCCAGUCCCAGAUUCCGCCAACUAGCUUGGCCUAAUCCUGCGGGUAGCCAACAGAUCAGCAAUCUCAGGUUUAUUUUUAUACGUUGUGUUAGUGUUUAGUAUAUCUAACGACUAAGGAAUAUUUUAUCAACUAACACAAUUUAGGUUAAGUUUUAGGGGACCCUCUAGUCGAGAGUCUUCGAUCAAUCGAUAUUUCAUUGAUAGUUUUCACUAUCCUAGCUUAGUGAACUCGUGCCUCGAUAUCAAAUAUCUAAAAUGUGGUUUAAUCAAGGCUAUAGAAAAUACUACAAUACCAUUAUUGUUGCAUACUCUUGGGCUUAUAAGUUCAAUCUGAGCUUGAAAUAUGCCUGGUUAGGCCACAUUGUCCAGUCGAUUCCUUUGACUAUAACCUCUGGUAACUUAAAUCCAUGAGUUUUAUUUAAAAUGCAACAUAAAACCGAAAACAAGUGCGAAUAAAAUACAAAUAUUGUGUAUACGAGACAGG